UGGAAGUGGCAUCUGGUCUCUCGAAUUGUCUGGUUCCCUUGUGGGAUAUUUUGUUUGCCAUUUUCUUUUGUUAGAAUUUUAUAUUGCCACAUUGCUGUCUAGGUUAUAGGCCUAUGUGAAAUGGUUUGGAUCCUAAGCUAGGACUAUUUGGAUGAAGAUGGAUGCAAAAUGGUUGUUGGUUUUUGUUACAAUCAUCUGUAUAAAUUAUCUCCAGACCUCACGAGCAUUGAUAAAGGAUCAGCAAUCAACAACAUCACAACCAAACUUCAUUAUUCUCUUUAUGGAUGAUAUCGGAUGGGGUGAUCUGGGAGCAAACUGGAAUCCCUCUGGCAACUCGGACACUCCUUUUAUGGAUGCCCUUGCAAAGAAAGGAAUGAGGUUCACUGAUUUUCACUCAGGGGCAUCAAUAUGUACGCCCUCGAGGGCCGCGCUGCUCACUGGCCGUCUGGGAAAGAGGACAGGAGUUAUCAGGAACUUUGGAAAGAAAUCAACGGGUGGCCUACCAUUGAACGAGACUACUAUGGCUGAGACGUUGCAAGCUGGGGGUUAUCGGACUGGGAUGAUUGGCAAAUGGCAUCUUGGGAUGACUAAACCAUUCCAGCCUUACCGUCGAGGAUUUGAGUACUUCUAUGGGUUGCCAUGGAGUAAUGACAUGGGGUGCGUUGACAAACCAGGGCAGGACAUACCUCACUGUGCACCAUGCGCCCAAGAUCCUCAUGGCAUCCUCAGUAAUGAAAUCUGGAGUGAAGGAAUAUUUAAAAAUUAUUCCUACAACAAACAAGGUAGUGAGCAACUUGGCUGCGAUCCACAGCUAGCCCUUCCACUGUUUGAAAAUGAUACCAUCUUACACCAACCAGUCAACCUGCAGACACUCUCAAAUAAUUAUGCAGAGAAAGCGCAGGCAUUUAUCAAAAACAGUAAAAACAAAACUGAUAGUCGUCCAUUCUUGCUGUAUAUUGCAUUUGCUCACAUGCAUGUACCGCUAAUCUACAUGGAAAACUUCACAAACUCUUCCAAAUCACGUGGAGUGUACGGCGAUACAUUGCAUGAAUUAGACAACACGGUUCAGCGUAUCUAUAAAGCGGUACAAGAUGCAGGUGUUGAAGAAAACACACUCAUUUGGGCGACAGGUGACAAUGGACCUUGGGAGGUUAAAUGUCAGUUAAGCGGUGACCCUGGCCCAUUUAUAGGAGGUUGGCAGAAACAGAAUGGGGGUGGAAGUACAUCAAAGCUAACAGUAUGGGAGGGAGGUCAUAGGGAGCCCAGCUUUGCCUAUUGGCUGAAUCACAUCAAGCCAGGCAGUGUCUCUGACUCCAUUCUCUCCGCCAUGGAUAUAUACCCUACUUUAGCAUCUCUAGCUGGCAUAGCGUUGCCUAGUGACAGAGAGUAUGAUGGAAUCGAUAUCAGUGGGGUUCUGCUAAAUGGUGAAGAAAUCAAGCAACGUGUACUUUUCCAUCCAAACAGCAAGCCAGCAGACAGGGAAAAUAACGGCGAAUUUGAUGCAAUACGCUACAACCAGUACAAGGCCAUUUACAGAUCAGGUGGUGUUAAGGGUUGCGGGGGAGUCAAGGGUGAUAUCCAAAGACAUAACCCUCCUCUGAUAUUUAACCUGCUGACAGACCCAGGUGAAGAACACCCUCUGGACACACAGUCAAACGAAUAUCAGGAUGCAUACACUCAUAUUAAACUAGCACGUAUGCGCAUGGAUCGGAGUAUAUUUCAAGACAAUACAACGGUUGCGGACUACUCACAGUCGCCGGAUGCUGAACCUUGUUGUAAUCCUAAUCAUGUUGUUUGCCGAUGUACAUUAUAAUCAUAUUAUCAAUGAUUCAUGUUCACCAUCUGCAAUCUCAUAAUGGAAAUAGAAGUGCGCCCUCUACAACUAGGUACUGAAAUAGAAGUACUACUUACUUAAAGUGUAUUUGCACUAUUGACUGUGUAAAGAAUAAAUAUGCAAAAAAAAAAAAAAAAAACUCAGGCAAAUACAUGCUGCCAUGUGUGUAGACUGGGGAUGGUGGAUGCACCCCCAAUGACAGCAAAUUAGUUUCACUAAGUGGGUUAAAAUACUAAAAAUGACCAUGGAAUAUGGAUUUAGUUCUGCAUUCCCAUUUCUUUUUUCCUGUUUUUUUAUAGCGGUACAUAAGGAAAAAGUGGAAAAAUUAACAACAAAUUUUGAUUUUAGAUUAAAAAAGAAACUAUAUACCAUAUUUAUUUGAAUUAACACCCUGGGGAAUUUAUUGUUGAGCAGGGUUUUUGAGGGGCGUUUAUUCGAGGGAGGCAACAACUCAGUAAUGAUUAUGGGUUUACCUUACCUGUUUAUAAUAUCUAUAUCUUUGUAAUAUUUUUAUGUAUAUUAUUAGUAACUUGUGCAUUGUGUUGCUCUUCUUUUGAAGGAAGCAACAUGUUGUUUAUAAUGUUUUGUAUGUUUUCUUUAUAUAUAAAUAUAUAUUAUCUAUAUAGAUAAACAGUUUUAAUUGAAUAUUAAUUUUAGUAAGAGGUCAAAUGUGUUCCAUGUAGAUAAAAAUUAAAUUAUUUAAGCUGCUUUUUGUCCUUAAUUCAAAUGCAAAAUUGUAUGCUGGACUUGGUUUAGCAGUAUCAUAAAAGAAUGUUUUAUGAGGAAGUCAAAUGCAUUCCAUAUAGAAUAGAAUUAAAUUAUUUAAGCUAAUUUUGUUCUAAAUUCAAAUGCAAAAUUGUAUGCUGGUUUAUCGUAAAAGGAUAUUUAUGCAAGUUAGUUAAUUAUUAAGAUAAGGCUGCAAAUUGUGUGAUGGAAGGGUUUUCAGUGAUGAAGUGUGUAUCGUCAAUAUAAAAGCAGAUACAAUCAUAAGACACUAAUCAUUAUGUUCAAAACGUCACCUCUAUUAUCUACAUCUAUUAUUAUGCUACAUUCAGAACAAUAUCAUGAUACUAGUAUCCAUGAUAUUUGCAUUUGUUUUUAUAUUUGUAUGUACAGUACUGGUAAUUUUGUGCAUUUUAAUACCAGUUGUAUUCCAUUGAAAUUCAGGAUGACUAAAUAUGGUAAUGUGAUUUACAGUAUAUUUUUUUAAAAAGAAAUUUUCUUUCAUUCAAUUUAGGCUUACAGUUAUUUUUUGAAUAAACUCAAGCAAUGACUA